AAGGGGCAGGCCUACAUGCCUUAUUUCAAAGGUAUUAUUACUGAUGACAUAUUAGUAAAAAGUUGAAAGUUCCAGGAAAUUUCUCCCUAUUGGCAAAUCCUGUAGUGGUGUCAUUAUUUCCAAUCAUGAAUAGCCGUUACUUUAUUACAACAGACUCAUUGUGUAAUAGUCCUAGGAUUAUUGUUCCAGAAAGAAUGGAUCUUGAUGUAAGAAGAACACCCUCUUCUUCUUCUUCAUUCUUGAUUAGAAUGGCAAUUAGAGUAUCAAGAUCAAGGAUUUUCAGUUUCUUAAGAAGAGUAUUUCAUUACCAAAAUAGUUCAAGAUCACAACUUGGCUCAAAUCCAUUUAAUUCUGUCACUUGGAUGAUGAUGGAGUGUAUAGCUUUAAGUGUUCAGAUAAUUGCAACAGCAUAUACAUUGGUUGUUUCCAAAAAGGAAAGGCCUGUUUGGCCAAUGAGGAUUUGGGUUUUUGGAUAUGGUUUUGGUUGUGUCAUUAGUUUGGUUCUGCUUUAUUGGAGAUAUUGGGCAUUAUAUGUCAGGCAAACAGAUGAUUCUGCUGCAAAUUCUGAUAUUGAGCAGCAAAUAAGCCACGACGAAUCAAGGUAACCUAUAUACAUUGACUCUAUAAAAAUUAACUUGCUUCGUUUUUCUGGUAACUGAUUCUUGGUUUUAUGAAAAGUGGCGUGUAGUUAUUUUUUUAGGUGACCUGAUAUAUCGUAUAGAAGUUAAAUCAACUAAUUUUCAUGGUUAUUUGUGCACUUGAGGUUUAAUACCAUGAUUUCUACUUUGGGUAGUUUCCAAAUAAUGAAUACUUUUAUGAAAUGGAGCAUUUCAAAUGCUUUUUUUCUUGUGUGUGUGUUGACAUGAAUGAAAGAGUUUGAUAGGUCUCAUUUUUAGAUUUUUCAACAUGUGUAACAAAUAAAAAAAAUACUACACUAAUCUAUAGUUUCUCUAAACUGCUAACUUAAGUUUUCUUUUUCUAUUAGUCACACAAGGUCUUCUAAAAGUAAAUAAGUAUACUUAAUCAAUAAAGCAUUCUAUGUGAAGCAAGAAAGGAUUCUAGUACCAACAACUGAUUUUGACUUUUGACCAUGCUGCAUUUCUUCUUAUAUAUUAAAAAUUGUAUACAAGAAUGAAUUGUCUCAAAAUGUUUCUUUCUCCUUCAGUAUACAAUGAUAUACUAAGGAACUUAUACUUUUAUGCAUAAACUAGAUGCCAGCUAAUUCAAUUUACCCCUACAAAGUGCAUUUUCAAGAAUUUGCAUAGAACAUUGUUAUUCAGGAUAAAUAUUAUA